AGGUCAGUGGGUCCGUUACUGUCCCCGAGGUCGUGCUAUCUGCUGUGGCCUGUCAUGGCAGUGGCCAUCCGUGGGGGGUGGAUGAAGGGAGUUGAAAAUCUCUGCGUUGCGGCUGGAGCGAAAGCACAGUGGGUGGAGCGUUGGCCCUGCAUGCGGCCGACCCGGGUCCGAUUCCCAGAAUCCCAUAGGGUCCCCCGAGCACCUUCAGGAGUGAUUCCUGAGUGCAGAGCCAGGAGGAACCCCUGAGCAUUGCCGGGUGUGACCCGAAAAAGAAAAAAAAAAGAAAGAAAAUCUCCGCGUCCACUCACCACUUCCGUUGACCCUGUGAAUCCCAGAAGUGCAGUGGACUUGGCGGUGGCGAGAAGGUGGCCUGUCCCAUGUGGCCAUGGCACUUGGAGGGUGAGACUCAGAGGGCAAGGCCUGUGGUGUGCCGGGCCUCAAGUCUCGCCCUCGGCGGGGGCUGUGCACUGAGCCGACCCUUUCCUUCCUGCUCCCGCUCCAUCCAGCCCCCCUCGAGGCCAGCUGGAAAAUGCCGGGGCCCCCACUGAAACCCAGUGGCGCGGGCACCCUUGGUCACUCUGAUGCCACCCGGCCACCUCGGCCACUCAGGGUGGCCGACUGAGAGUCUCACAAGCAGCGAAACUGGAAGGGGGUGGCCAUCAGGUCCGCCCAGUGGCCAUCUGGGUUGGUGGACAGCGUUUUCACAGGGAAAGGAAAGGGGGGGAAGGAGGGGUAGGAAACGCCACCCCCCCAUGCACACACCGGAAGUGGGUCCCUCCAGACAAACUCCAUCUUAUCGACAAACCCCAGCAAAAUCAGGGGCAGGCUAGGGGGACAAUGGCCAAAUGAGGAGGCCUGUCCUUGCCUUGGGGCCUCAGGGGGUGGGGUAAACGCGACAGGCUUUGAGACCAGGACGCUGGUGGGUGUCUGACACCCGAUGCUCCCGAUCGCUCCCCGCCCUGCUGGCUCCAGGGGCUCCGGCCUGACCCGCCGUGGGUGCUGGGGUCCCCGUGGCUUGGCAGAGGCCGUUGGUACCUGCCUUGCCCGGGAGAGACCGGUUUUGAUCCCCUGGGUGGGCUGGAGCCAGCCCCGCUGUGUGUUAACAGGUUUCCCAUCUGGGGGGAGACACACGUGCGUGUAUGGAUCUGACUCGGGGACCGUUUCUUUGGGAUUAAUGAAUAAAAAGGGGCUGGAGCAAUAGCACAGUGGGGAGGGCGUUUGCCUUGCACGCAGCCGACCCGGGUUCGAUUUCCAGCACCCCAUAGGGUCCCCUGAGCACCACCAGGAGGAAUUCCUGAGUGCAGAGCCAGGAGUAACCUCUGUGCAUUGCCAGAUGUGCCCCCCCCCACAAAAAAGAAGCAAACAGAAAGGAAAGGAAAGGGGAAAGGACGGUUAUUCCCCGGCCCUGGGUUUGGGGUGUUCAGAGGCAGCUGCUGCUUGGGAACUGAGCAGGAAUCCAAGCGCACUUUACGGCGGGCAGAGGAAAAACCUGUUUUAUUUCCUGAACACACGAGGAAACCCAGGGUCCGAGAGAGGCUCCGAGUCCUGCCCCUGGAAGCAGAGAGCCCUGCCCGGGACUGGACACUGCGGGGCCCAGCGUCUGUCCCCGCCCAGGCCAGACCCUGCGGGGCCCAGCGCCCGUUCCCUGUCCAGGCCGGACCCUGCGGGGCCCAGCGCCCGUUCCCUGCCCGGGACUGGACACUGCCCGGACACUGCGAGGCCCAGGCCCUGCCCAGGCCGGACACUGCGGGGCCCUGCCCGGCAGGAAGCGGCGGGGCCGGGCGGGCGCCGGGCGGAGGCGGCCACCGCGCGGGCAGCGGGCAGCGGGGACCGCGCGCCGUGGACGCGGGAAGCCAUCGGGGCUCGGAGACCCGGUGCGGGGCAGCUGGGGUUUCUGGCACGGCCGGCCGGGCCAGGAGUGCUGCAGAUGUGAGAAUCCGGGCCCAGCGCUUUGACCGGAACAUAGAGGCGCCCUCCGAGGUGCUGCUGUGGACAUUGAGUGUGGCCGCUGCCCGCAGCCCGCCUUCCCACGGGGCUGCAGGGGGAGGAAGAGAGACGUCGGGUGACCAGCUACCUGCGGCUCGGGCGCUGGGAUUCUAGAUGGCGGAGGCUCGUUCCCGGAGCCUGCCACCACCCCGGUAGCUGCCACCUCCACUGGGUCCCCGCUGCAGCCGCCGCUGCCAGACUCCCACCUUCCAAGGGCCGCACGCCAGCUGUGCCCAGCUCGUCGCUUCAUUCAUCAGCAGGGACCCCCCCUUCCCGCCAUGGGCUGGCUCUCUCUGAAGAUUGUGCUGGUGGGGGGCAGUUUCUUGGGGUGCCUUUACCCCCUGGUGGACUUCUGCUUCCCUGGAGACAGGAGAAGACCAGCGCCGAAUUUCGUGAUCAUCCUGGCCGAUGACCUGGGCUGGGGGGACCUGGGAGCCAACGGGGCCACGACUGGGGCCACGGCACACCUGGACCGCUUGGCCGCAGAAGGGAUGAGGUUCGUGGACUUCCACGCGGCCGCCUCCACCUGCUCCCCGUCCCGCGCCUCCCUGCUCACGGGCCGCCUGGGCCUGCGCAACGGAGUCACGCACAACUUCGCCGUCACCUCGGCGGGGGGCCUUCCGCUCAACGAGACCACGCUGGCCGAGGUGCUGCUGGGGGCUGGCUACGUCACCGGCAUGAUCGGCAAAUGGCACCUUGGGCACCACGGCUCCUAUCACCCCAACUUCCGUGGUUUCGACUACUACUUUGGAAUCCCAUACAGCCAUGACAUGGGGUGCACGGAUACCCCGGGCUACAACCACCCGCCCUGUCCAGCAUGUCCGCAGAGCGAUAGUGCGCUGAGCGGGCUCCACGGGGACUGUUACUCGGACCUGGCCCUGCCCCUCUAUGAGAACCUCGACAUCGUGGAGCAGCCCGUGAACCUCAGCAGCCUGGCGCAGAGGUACGCCGAGAAGGCGCGCCAGUUCAUCCAGCAGGCCAGCGCCCGAGGAAGCCCCUUCCUGCUCUAUGUGGCCUUGGCCCACAUGCACGUGCCCGUGCCGAGGACCCAGGGCCCCGCGGCCCCCGGAGGGCCGUACGUGGCAGGCCUCCGGGAGAUGGACAGCCUGGUGGGCCAGAUCAAGGACGAGGUUGACCGCACGGCCAAAGAGAACACGUUCCUCUGGUUUGCAGGAGACAACGGCCCCUGGGCCCAGAAGUGUGAGCUGGCUGGCAGCGUGGGCCCCUUCACCGGGUCCUGGCAGACUCGCCGAGUAAAGUCCAGGAUGCGGGGGGCCCUGGUGAGGUUAAAAUCUGGCUGCUCGGCGGGGGGGCAGGCUGUUUCUGACGAGGAGGACCUCUGA